UCUAGGUGCUCAGCCUGUAUCUCUUCACACUUUGACGGAGGGACGUCUGCUGCUUUCUGUCUGUCCUCAUUAAUCUUCUUAUUACAGUACAAACUUGGAUUGCCUGCAACAAGUCCUCACAAUGCUCCCGUUCUGCAACGUCAAAUGUUGCUUCAUUUUCUUCAAUUUGGUCUUUUUGGCAUCUGGGGUUGGUCUCGUCAUUAUUGGAGCAAAGCAGUACUCCACUUACAAGGCCAUGGGCGCCUUUGCAGGAAACGGCCUGUCUAAGAUCGCUAUAGUCCUCAUUGCAGUGGGUGCCAGCAUCAUCCUCGUCUCCUUCAUGGGCCAUUUGGGGGCGUUCUUUAAUAGUUAUUCAAUGGUGUCUUGUUUCAUCUGUAUCCUGAUCGUCAUCAUCAUAAUGGAGACACUCACAGGGAUUGCCUUUUACAUGUUACGCAAGAGGGCUGUCAUCGUAGAGGUGAAAAACGCUAUCGACUACCAAAGCAAAGCACGAAGGGUGAUCCAGGAGUACGCCCCAGAGAAGAGACACGCCAUCGACAAGAUUCAGGAAAAGUUCAAGUGCUGUGGUGCAGACGGCCCCGAGGACUGGUCCACCAGCGUGGGCUGGGAGGAACACGAUGCCGUGCCGGACUCCUGCUGCAUGGUGAAGAUGCAGGGUUGUGGAAAGGAAAAGGAUAAAGUGCGCUCAAAGGGUUGCCUCCGGGCCAUCAACUUGUUUCUGAUGAAAAACCUGAUGUGGAUCGGUGCUCUCUGCAUUGCUCUCGGGGUCACAGAGGUUGCAGGAGUAGUCGUCGGGGUCUGCUUGUGUGUGAACCUAAAACGAAAAAAUUAUGAAAACAUGAGCUGAGGCGUCAUCGUGGCCGAGCACAGACGACUUCCUACAUCACUGACAUAUUUGAUCUAUGCUAUUUGCUUUUCCAGUCUAUUCUUUCUAAAUAAAGAUACAAAACAUAGAUGAUCCUGUUAAUGAUAUGUUUGAAAACUAUUGCUACUUUCAUGCUUGCCAACUGUGACUAUUUCAACAAGUGAUCCGACUAUCUUUUGGUCUAUGAUGGUCUAUAUGCCAUUGAAAACACCUGAUAGCUAUAAUAGUGUCAUGUUUAAAUGGCAUGCUACUACGAAUCAAUAAAUGUGUGAUACAUUCAUGGUUGAGUGGUUCAAUCUGUGUGUUUAACAACUGAUUUGACAUGUGACCUUUUCAAAGGUUUUCAUUCACAGGUCAUACUGGUCAUCCUGCUAUUGCCAUCUUUGACUCUGGUCUGAGUGGCAAACUCACAGCAACUCCAAAUAAUAAAUGGCAGCCACGUCAUGUA